AUGGCAGGGCGAGGGCGAGGGAGAGACUCCGGGGUCUCAUGGCUGGCCUUUGAUGGCUGGGAAUCUAAGGAUCUUCCUCGGGUGAGCCCUCGCUUCCUCCGAGCCUGGCACCCCUCGCCUGCCGCAGCUAGGAUGCCAACCAGGCGCUGGGCCCCUGGGACUCAAUGUAUGACCAAGUGUGAAAACUCACGCCCUAAGCCGGGUGAGCUGGCCUUCCGAAAGGGUGACAUGGUGACCAUCUUGGAGGCUUGUGAGGACAAAAGUUGGUACCGUGCCAAGCACCACAGCAGUGGGCAGGAGGGGCUACUGGCAGCUGCUGCUCUUCGACAGCGGGAGGCCCUCUCCACAGACCCCAAGCUCAGUCUCAUGCCAUGGUUCCAUGGAAAGAUCUCAGGCCAGGAAGCGGUACAGCAGCUGCAGCCACCUGAGGACGGGCUGUUUCUUGUUCGGGAAUCAGCUCGUCACCCCGGAGACUAUGUCCUGUGUGUCAGUUUCGGCCGAGAUGUCAUCCACUACCGUGUCCUGCAUCGUGAUGGCCACCUUACCAUUGAUGAGGCUGUCUGUUUCUGUAAUCUGAUGGACAUGGUGGAGCAUUACACCAAGGACAAGGGUGCCAUCUGCACCAAGCUGGUGAAGCCAAAGAGGAAACAGGGCACCAAGUCAGCCGAGGAGGAGCUUGCAAAGGCUGGCUGGCUACUCAACCUGCAGCACCUGACUCUAGGAGCACAGAUUGGAGAGGGGGAGUUUGGAGCUGUCCUGCAGGGUGAGUACCUGGGGCAGAAGGUGGCUGUGAAGAAUAUCAAGUGUGAUGUGACAGCCCAGGCCUUCCUGGAUGAGACAGCAGUGAUGACAAAGCUGCAGCACAGGAACCUGGUACGACUCCUGGGCGUGAUCCUGCACCACGGCUUGUACAUUGUCAUGGAGCAUGUGAGCAAGGGCAACCUGGUGAACUUCCUGCGCACUAGGGGCCGCGCCCUCGUGAGUACAUCUCAGCUCCUGCAGUUUUCUCUGCACGUUGCUGAGGGCAUGGAGUAUCUGGAGAGCAAGAAGCUGGUACAUCGGGACCUGGCUGCUCGCAACAUACUGAUCUCUGAGGACCUGGUGGCCAAGGUCAGUGACUUUGGCCUAGCCAAGGCCGAGCGGAAGGGGCUGGACUCAAGCAGGCUGCCAGUCAAGUGGUCAGCACCUGAAGCUCUCAAGAACGGGCGAUUUUCCAGCAAAUCAGACGUGUGGAGUUUUGGGGUACUGCUGUGGGAAGUUUUCUCAUAUGGAAGAGCUCCAUACCCCAAGAUGUCACUGAAGGAGGUUUCAGAGGCUGUGGAGAAGGGUUACCGCAUGGAGCCUCCCGAUGGCUGCCCAGGCCCCGUGCACACCCUCAUGGGUAGCUGCUGGGAGGCAGAGCCUGCACGCAGACCUCCCUUCCGAAAAAUAGCAGAGAAGCUGGGCCGCGAGCUCCGCAGUGCAGGUGCCACAGCUCCCCUUGGGGGACAGGAAGCAGAGGGCUCAGCUCUUCCACGGAGCCAGGAACCCUGACACCUGAAGCAGGGAGCAAGAGGACACAAGUGCAGGGUUGCAGGGCCAGGACUGGCCAGAAUAAAGGCUCUGUGGCCCCUGGGACCCCCACACCCAGGAUACCCCAUAAAGAGCAAUUGG